AUGGAAGUCCAGGUUGAGUACGACUACACAGCAGAAGAGAGAGAUGAACUUACUCUUAAACAGGGGGACAUUGUUACAAAUGUUUCUCAGUUUGAAGAAGGAUGGUACAUCGGAACAUUCAACGGAAGAGAGGGCGUUUUUCCUGAUAAUUUUGUUCGAAUAAUUAAACCUGCGCCAGCUCCAGGCAGCCAACCCCAAGAAAGUCACAAAACUCAAGUGCCUCUAGGAGUGUCCUCUCCUUUGCCAAUGUCGACCAGUAUAAGCAACAAGGCCUCAGACUACGUGAAAGUGGCUUAUCGUUACAACCCUGAGCAGUCGGAUGAGCUACAGUUGGAGGUGAAGGAUUUCAUUCGGGUGCUGAGUCGAGAUUUACCGGAGGAUGGCUGGUGGCGUGGGGUCAAUCUUCGUACCAACAAAACAGGUGUAUUUCCCGACAACUUUGUCAGAACGGCUGAUGCCAAUGAUCUGGAUUUUAAGCGUGCCCUCGCGGACUACAAGUCGAAAAUGGGUUCUUCGACGCAGAGGACACAAAACAGUGGCUCCUUUUCGGCCAGGACGGUUCAAAACGACACCACCAUCAGUCCAACCGGAAGUAAACGCUACGAUUCCAGUGCAGGCAAAAAUGGCAAAAAACGUUGUGAUUUAUCGGACGGUAGUCCAGGAGACAAUGAUCGACUUGCCAGCAAACGUCUGCAGAACAGGAUGGCAGCGAACACUAAUUCAACUUCGAUGCCACGAACUGACGGAAGGACUGCAGUCAAGUCGGAGACAUCUCGUUCUGGCAGAACUGAGUCAACCGCCCAAAAAACGAACGGCGCGACUUUUUCACUCAAUCGCAAGAGCUCCAUUUCUAAACCGGAGUAUGAAACCACUUCUACCAAAGCCAGUGCUAAUAAGUAUCGUUGCUCAAGCUUGACACGAUUGGAUCCCAGUCGACCAGCCGAGGGAACGCCGCGAAACAUGGGUGAUUUGCAGGGCCUGGUUCAGGAGCAGCAGGAUCGUCUUGCUGCAUUUUCUGAGCAGUUGGAGAAUUUUACGCACACCAUUGAUUCCAUGCGGCGGGAGCAGCGGGAACAUGCCGAGGACGUCGCUGGCCAACUGUCCGAACUCAACAAAAAACUUGCAGCAGUCAAGAACACCCAAGUGAACGAUCGAGCCGGUGUGGCUAAAAGUUUAAAGCUCAUAACCGAUCAUCUUCGUUCAUUGACGGAGGAAUUGGACGAGGUGAAAAAGUUACAAUCAAAUGACGCAGUAGAGUUGAAUCGCAUCAGGAAGGUGGUUCUCGACAUGGACAGCCGGACGAUGCUCUCGGGUGCUGGCAUGAACGGAGCUGGUGAAGAGUACAAUGGACAAUUUCCUGAUCUCACUGAUAUCAUCAACGGACACAACUCCUCCGAUCCCUAUCCUGUGUUGAGAUCACACGUCUCCUCAAAGCCUCCAACGGGUCCCAGAUAG